CCGGCAAGCGAGAUAUGAAAAGGCCUUAAAGGACCUUGAGGUUCUUAAAGCACAGCUCAAAGUUGUCGGAUUUCAAAAUUCGAGAACGCCGAGCAUAACCUUAAAACAGAGAGAAAAAACAAAAUAAAUAAGUCGAGUUUUGUUUAUUUUAUUUAUAUUUCACAUGGUAAAUAGUCCUAUCUGAUUAGUAAAAAGGAUACGAUUAUUGUUAGCAGAAUACAUAUUUUAGGAAAGGAAAAUGGUCAAUGUUCCAACGGACCACGGGCUUCAGGCAGACAUAAUAUUUGUCAUUGAAGGCACAGCUGUUAAUGGUGCCUAUUUGAAUGACCUCAAGACAAAUUAUCUCAUUCCGACUUUAGAAUACUUUAGUCAAGGUAAUAUAGAAGACAGAGAAUAUGUCCCAGAAAAUACUUCCACCUUGUACGGAGUCGUGGUAUAUCAUGCAGCAGAUUGCUUACCAUCCCCUUGUACAGGAACUCUUGGACCUUACUCAAAUCCACACAAACUGUUACUUGCCUUGGAUAAACUCGAAAUGGUCGGCGGAAUGGGAGAAUCACAUGCAAAUAUCGCUGAGGGUUUAGCGACUGCUCUGCAAUGUUUUGAAGACUUGCAAGUGCGAAGAGAACCAAACACAGCUUCACAAAAACAUUGCAUCUUAGUUUGCAACUCUCCUCCUUAUCUUACAGUCGUCCAAGAAACGUUCAAAUUUUCUGGUCACACAGUAGAUCAAUUGGCUCCUCUUCUUCAAGAAAGAAAUAUAAACCUUUCCAUCCUGUCUCCACGUAAAAUUCCCGCCCUGUUCAAGCUCUUUGAAAAAGCGGGGGGUGAUCUUCAAUCCUCCCAAACAAAGAACUACGCUAAAGAUCCGCGCCAUCUGGUUUUACUCAGAAAUUACAACCUGAAGGAGCGACCCGUGAGUCCGAUAACUGGCCCGGGUCAUGUAACGGCUGCCAGUGCCGCUCAAAUUCCCUUGAGUCCGCUGCAGAGCAAUGACAGUCCAAACACGAAUCAGGCUGCUCAGAAUAUCGCACAGCCUCCGCAAAGUCAGGGCCCCACAUUCAGGAAUCAAACCCCCCAGAAUAUUGCAUCAGUGCAUCAGCCGGUGGCGCCACCAAUGGCGGCACCCAUGAGCGGCGGACGUCCAAGCUUUAAUCCGCAAAUUAACGCGCCGCCAAAUUAUCAUCCUUCUGGAAUGGGUGCCAGGCCUACUCAUCCAUGGAGAAUGAGGCCUCCUGGGCCGUCUUUUAUUGCACCGAAUGCAGCCCCACCUACGAGUACUCCAGGUAGCGCACUUUUAGCGCAACUCAAUCAACCCCCAUCUUCAUUGGGUAUAAACAUCUCGCCGUUCGGACAGAGGAUGGAUGGGAAUACUAAUAACACGAUGGGAGCGAAUCCUCAGCAGCAACAGUUAACGCAGCAGCAACAGCUGCGAUUGAUGAUGCAGCAAAACCAGCAACAGAAUCAGCAACAGGCCUCGAUGGGAAUGCAAGCUCAGCAACCUCAAAAUCAGCCUGGUUCUCAACUCACUGUAUCCGGCGUUAAUCAACCUACUUCCACUCAAGGUCCUCAUACUGUUACCACUCCUCAGGGUCAAGCUUCUCAAGCUACUGGUACCCCGCAAGCUACCCAUCCUCAGAAUCAGGGUAAUGUUGGGGCCGGGCAGCAGAUGGGAAUGGGAACUGAACGUCGCAUUAUUUGGCAAGGGACUCUGGAGUGGAUCGAAAAGAACAAAAAUCCAAACGAUACUCAAAAACAGACCAAACACGUGCCUUGUCAAGUGUCCAUUCAGCCAAAGGAGGGAGAAAUGGAUUUGAAAACUGAUGCUUGGCCACAAAAGUUAUUGAUGCAAUUAAUGCCUAAAAUGCUAUUAGGGACGAUAGGGAAUGCUUACUUGAAGAAUUCGAGGUCCGUCUGUUUUUAUCCCACGCCAUGUGAAGCUCUUGAGUCUCUUAUAAAGGUCAUGUCUUCGGGCUUUGCCGGAUGUGUUCACUUUAAUUCGCAGCCACCAUGCGGUAUCAAAGUUCUUCUGCUUUUAUACACAGCAGAAAAAGGAUCAUUUCUCGGUUUUAUACCAAAUGAUCAAUCCGGUUUUGUAGAUCGUCUUCGAAAAGUAAUCCAACAGCAGAAGAAUACUCAGGCCUUACGCCAUCAGUCACAGGCGGGUGCUGCUGGCGGUAAUGCGAUGCAAGGUGGCAUGCCAACUACUGGAAUUUCUCAGGGUGGAAUUCUUAUGUCCCAAACGAAUACAAUGGCAAUGGGAGGUGCUCAAAUCACGCAAAAUGUCAUUCCAUCGAAUCAACAGCAAAAUUUGGCACCUUCCUCGGGGCCUCAAGGCCAAAUAAAUUUACAGGGUACCAAUAUGGCUGGUGCACAGCAAGUGGGCUCUGGAAGUGGAGGAAUGAUGGGCCAGCAACAACGACCUCAGUUUGAUGAUCUUGGGAUGGCAAGACAGCAGAAUCUUUUAAAGAUUCAACAACUUCGACAAACUCUUGAAGCCGCACAGCAACAAGAAGCUCAGUACAAGUCUCAAUUGGAAGUAAAUAUUCAACAAAACCUCGAAGUGGCACAGCAACAAGAAAUGCAAUACAAACAACAAUUGGAGCAAGCACAACGGGGCCUGAAUCAAACCGGAAUGGCUGGACAACAAGCCAAUGCGCAGCGUAUGAUGCGUCCUGUAAUGACAAACAGUCUUGGACUUAGACACUUGUUGCAGCAGCAGCAACCGCAAUAUAGACAAGUUCUUGGAAUGCAGCAACAAAUGGUCGGCCCCAGAGGGCAAAUGAAUGCAAGACCAAUGGAGCCUGGAAAUCCGCAGAACCAACAAUUUGAAGACGUGUCAAAUUACGAUUUCCUCGGUUGAAAUUGAGUUAAUAGAUUUUAUACUUCUUUUAUUCAACUUUUCUUGUACGAAGGUUGUCUAAAAAUGUAUAUUUUAAUGGGCCUAUUUUAAGACCGAUGCCUGUAAGUAAACGCAUCGAAAAUGAAAAUUUUCUGUAUAAGUAA